AUGGGCUUUGUGAGCCUCACUCUGGAGGAAGCAAGAAUGGUCAACCACGACACUAGAGAGUUGAGAUUCAAGUUGCCUGGCAAUCAAGCCACUAGUGGAUUGAGCUCCGUCUCAUCACUUCUCACUCGUCACACAGCCACCGGAUCUUGGUUUCCAACUUUACGUCCCUACACACCCAUCAGCACUCCAGAUGACACUUACAUCACGCUGCUCGUAAAGCAAUAUCCGAAUGGUCGUGCCUCGACACAUCUCCACAACCUUGCUCCUGGCCAGACUCUUAGUGUCAAGUCCAUCCCCGAGUUUGCUUACAAGCCUAAUCAACACAGACAUCUGGUUCUCGUGGCUGGUGGUGCAGGCAUCACACCCAUGUUUCAAACUCUUCGUAGCGUCCUAGACAAUCCCAAGGACAAGACCCGUGUGAGUCUGAUCUACGCCAACAAGACCGAAUCAGACAUCUUGUUGAGGAAAGAGCUCGAUGCUAUGGCAAGUCAGCAUUCAGACCAGUUCACGACGACCUACGUGGUAAACGACACCAAAUCAAACAACAAAGAUCUCGAGAAGGGCUACGUGACCAAGGAGGUCCUGAGCAAGGCACUGCCUGCAAAUCUCGAGAAUGAAGAUGUCAAAGUCUUGGUGUGUGGGCCUCCAGCUAUGUUGAACGCGAUCGCUGGUGCGAAGGGCGGAUUGGGUUGGACACAAGGAAAAGUCGGGGGUAUACUCAAGGAUCUGGGUUUGACCGAGAAGCAGGUGCACAAGUUCUAUGAAGCACUUUCUCGGAAAAUGAUGUCUCGCAUCACAUUUGUGGCAUCGACAGUUUGA